AAUUAAAAAAGGAGAAGAUUGAUUUGUGUCGAAAAGUACUUUUAUAUUUGUGUUAAAUUAAAAAGAAGAAGAAUCGAACGAUACAUAAACAUGCAUUUUUUGGAUAAUUUUGAUCCAGAGACGUCGGCCCGUGAGCGACGUAAGUUAAAUAGAAAAAGUUAUUACAUUAACCGCAAGAGCAAAAGUAUCUAUAAUGAGCGUGGUCAAAUAUCAGUAACUGGAAAAGAUCUUUGUGACUGUCUAGAUGAAAAAUGUCCUGGAUGUCAUUUUCCCUGUUCAAGGUGUAAUUCCAAUAAAUGUGGACACGAGUGCAGGGUGAAUAGAAAAUGGAUGUAUGAAAAAAUAGAGAUAGAAGGCAAUGACUUUGUAAUAAAAAAUGAAUACAAACGAAAGUGAGAGCUGUUGAAAAUUUAUUAAUAAUUAAUCAUUGGCAAGAAGUUUGAAGAAGUAUUCUACUUCGAGUUCUCCAUCAUCAGGAAGAUCAGUACAGUGAACUGCAUUGUGGAUAAUAUUUUUUCCAUAUUGUGCUCUAAUAGAAUUAGGAUAAAGCUGUCGACAUAGAUCCUGUAGGCAAAGACAUCUAUGUAUUACAAAAAAAAAGACAAUUAAAAUUGUAUCAUAGGUCACAGUCCUGCACUAUUGCCAGAUUUUUGUAUAAGAAAUCUAAUGUAUUGAGGAAAAAAUGGGUACUUUUUAAAAUUAUAUCUAUUUGAAUUUCAUAAGAAAUUGGAAACCUAUGAUAUUUUGUUUUUAUUGAAUGUUACAGAUGAUAGAGAAGUUUAGUUUUAGGCCAAACUACAGUUAUAUGGCAAGCUACCACAAUAUGUCAUAUUUACGCAAGUCAUUUUGUAAUCUACUUUCAAUAUAUUCUUUGCCAGUACGUAACAUUUUUAUUUAUCAAUAAAUAUUUCAGUUAGAUAU